GAAUGAUAAAGGCAUCUAGUAGCUAAAAGGUAAUUUCCACAAUUUUAAUGUAGUCAACUGGGUGGUAUUUUCAACUUCAUUGGCUGAUCCUUCCUGAUGACCAUGUUGGAGUCACGUCCAACCGGGUACCAGGAGGGAUCAGUCAAUUGUGAAGAAGAACAUUGACGACUUCAAAAUGGAGAUUGCCUCAAUAACGCUGCCCGUGCGCUCACAGACGCCAUAAUAGAUAAUACAUAGCGAUGCACUCUCUAGCAUUCUCUAUGGUUGUUCCACCGUUCGACUAGGAACUACUGAGCUAUAAACUAGGAAAGAACAAGAACUGAGAAUAUAGGGAUUGUCGUUUUAGCAAACUGUAUUUUUCAGAUAACAUGCAUGUCAUUUCGCGAUUUCUAUUAUUUGAAAAAUGAUUAGACACAUGCUUCGGUAGAGGAUUCUGCGAAUGCUGUUGAUGCAAAGAGAGACAGUUUGUACCAGCUAGCUACCUGUCAGAUCAUUUAGCUUGCUUGUUAACUAGCUUGCCAGAUAAAAACAACUUUAGUUUCUAGCUACUAUUGUUAAAUUGUUAAAGCUCAUUCGCUCAAUAUGAAGACACAUUAUGUGGGGUUGUUGACAGUGUAAACUAGCUUGCUCAAAGUUUGAGGGUCGGCUUCAGCUAGUUAGUUAGUUAGCUAGAUAUAUGAUAGCAAGUUAUCUAGCACAGGUAGUUAGAUAGGUAUCAGAUAUAACCUCAUCCAGGCAAGUCUUAAGAAUAUCCAGAAAACAUGUCGCCAAUUCCUGUCCUACCCCUUGUUAUCAACGGGUGCAUGUCUGCACUUGGGUCCUUGGCCACAUUAAAGCUAAUUCCAGCCUUCAAAGACCACUUCAUCUCAGCCAGACUCUAUGGGAUGGAUCUGAACAAAACUAACAAGAAGGAAGUGCCAGAGUCUCAGGGUGUCAUCAGUGGGACCGUGUUCCUCAUUAUCAUGUUCUGUUUCAUCCCAGUGCCUUUCCUCAGCUGCUUUGUAGAAGAGCAAUGCACUGGCUUCCCACACAAUGAGUUUGUCCAGCUAAUUGGUGCUCUACUAGCCAUCUGCUGUAUGAUCUUCCUGGGUUUCGCUGAUGACGUGUUGAACCUGCGCUGGAGACACAAGCUCCUGCUGCCCACCAUAGCCUCCCUGCCGCUGCUCAUGGUCUACUUCACCAACUUCGGCAACACUGUCAUUGUGGUGCCCAAGCCCUUCAGGCUCUUACUGGGGAUGCACUUGGAUCUGGGUAUUCUCUACUAUGUCUACAUGGGCAUGCUGGCAGUUUUCUGUACUAAUGCCAUCAACAUCCUGGCAGGCAUCAACGGCAUCGAGUCAGGACAGGCGCUCUUCAUCUCUGGCUCCAUCAUCAUCUUCAACCUGCUUGAGCUUGGUGGAGACUACAGAGACGACCACAUUUUCUCCCUUUACUUCAUGCUCCCGUUCUUCUUCACAACUUUAGCACUUUUCUACCACAACUGGUACCCUUCGUCUGUGUUUGUGGGAGACACCUUUUGCUACUUUGCGGGGAUGACCUUUGCAGUGGUAGGAAUCCUGGGGCACUUCAGCAAAACCAUGCUGCUCUUCUUCAUUCCUCAAGUGGUCAACUUUGUCUACUCACUACCCCAGCUAUUCCAUGUAGUGCCCUGUCCCAGGCACCGCCUCCCCAGACUGAACCCAGACACAGGAAAACUAGGAAUGAGUUGGUCUAAAUUCAAAAGGAGGGACCUCUCCAAAUUGGGAAAUCUUAUUUUACAGGUGGCGGAGAUGCUGCGGGUGCUGGAAGUGAAGCGUGGCCAGGAGGGCGAUGAUGAGUUUGUGGAGUGUAACAACAUGACCUUAAUAAACCUGGUGCUGAAGAUACUGGGACCCACACACGAGAGAGAUCUCACCACGAUCAUGCUGCUCAUACAGGUACUGGGGAGUGCGUUGGCUUUCGGGAUCCGCUAUCACCUGGUUCGCCUCUUCUACGAUGUCUAGAGAUGCCACAGCUACAGAGCGAAAGCUGAGAGACUACAGAGAGGGAUGUCCAACUAUGCUGGACCAACUGCGUCUGAUCCAUGAAGAUGAUUUUGACUAUUGAUUCCUUGAUUAUUGCUUCACCUAUCCUUAUCUGCUUUAAAAUGGGUCUGUUUAUAACACGACUGACAGCUGAGGAUGACCUCAGUUCUUCAAAGGAAAAAGAACAGGAGAAAAAUUCAUGCCACUCAAAGGCAUCACAAUUGAUAGAAUUCAGGAUCUGCUAAAUUAACUCUUUCAGGAUGAGCAAUUAAGCACAAUCAUACAGUUGUGAAAAGAAAGGCAAGAGGUCCAUGCACAGGUCAAAACCCAGUCUAUAUUGAGGAUGGCUACUCUUUGUGACAGACAGAUUGCAUAUGGAGGGAUUGGGAGGAUAUUUUUUUAGUUCUUCUCUGAGGGGGUUUAAAGCGUUUCUUUAGUCCUAGAGGAGUUGAGGGUGGAGGGAACUCCAGAGCAGUAGUGGUGAGAUUACAAGGGCUACAUGAAAGUAUUAUCGAUUAGGAGGUGAAUUUUUAUGAAGGAGGAGGACAUGGAAUGUGAACUUUUCUCAGUUUAUAAUGUAUUUGUAAGCUUUGCCUUCGUAAUGCUAAUUUGUUUUGACACUGGACAAUUCUGCUGGUUGUGGGAAUGUAAAUACAAGUUAAAAAAAACUUGAGUGAUGUUUUACUCUUGCAAUGGAAUACUCCAACCAGGAAGUGCUCAGAACAAAUCAUUUCCUUUCUGAAAUGGUUAUUUAAUCAUUUUGAGACACUGAAAUAAUGCUGAAUACAGUCACUACUGAUAUUUCUAACCAGAAGGUUUGAAACAUUCAUGCUUUUUGAGGACAAUAUUCUAGGUGUACAGAACCACUUUACAGUACAUGAUUGGCCAAGACAGAACAUGGGGCUGACUCAGACAGUACAGUAUGAAUGAAGACACUACGGCAGAGAGGAAGAGGUGAAGCUAGAGGUUUUAGUCCGGCCAAAAUAUGUCCACAAACAUUGUUUUUAUUGCUAAUUUGCUACCUGAGGCUUAUAGACGGGUAUGCUGACAUCACUAAAAAGAUGUGCACGACCCAAUGGAGCAGAAGUCCGUGGCCUUGUUUGAGUGGUAAGCCUGAAGCAACCGAAAGUCAAGGAGUGAAGUCGAGAUGCAUCUACUACAGCCAAAUGUCGUACACUGUGGGUUUCCAACAGCAAGGCUCAGUGCAACAUGGCAGUGUUGCUACGGUUUAUAAAAGUUUUUCUUUGUAAUGCCUAAAUAAACAAGUCUCCAACCCCCAUAUCACACAGUCAUAAACUGUAAAUAUACAGUGCAUUAGGAAAGUGUUCAGGCAUCUUGACUUUUUCCACAUUUUGUUACGUUGUUACAUUUGUUAUGUUACGCCUUAUUCUAAAAUGUUUUUUUCCACUCAUCAAUCUACACACAAUACCCCAUAAUGACAAAGAAAAAACAAUAAAUUUUUACACACUUAUUUUUAAAAAUCAACAAAAAAAAAUGACAUUUACAUAAGUAUUCAGAUGCUUUACUCAAUACUUUGUUGAGACACCUUUGGCAGCGAUUACAGCCUCAAGUCUUCUUGGGUAUAACGCUACAUGUUUGGCACGCUUGUAUUUGGGGAGUUUCUCAGAUUCUCUAGCUCUGUCAGGUUGGCUGGGGAGCGUUGCUACACAACUAUUUUCAGGUCUUUCCAGAGAUGUUCAAUCGGGUUCAAGUCCGGGCUCUGGGUGGGCCACUCAAGAACGUUCAGAGACUUGUUCUGAAGCCACUUCUGCGUUUCUCAUGGUCUGAGAGUGCCUUUUGGAAAACACCAAGUGGGCUGUCAUGUGCCUUUUACUGAGGAGUGGCUUCUGUCUGGCCACUCCAUCAAUCACUAGGCCUGAUUGAUGGAGUGCUGCAGAGAUGGUUGUCCUUCUGGGAGGUUCUCUCAUCGCCACAGAGGAACUAUGGAGGUCUGUCAGAGGGACCAUCGGUUUCUUGGUCAUCUCCCGAACCAAGCAACAUGUAUUGGUCACAUACACAUGGUUAGCAGAUGUUAUUGCUAGAGUACCAGAGCCGGUCCUGACCUCCCUGGGGCCCUAAGCAAAAUUCUACUAAGGGGCCCUCCUACCUGACCUGUGAGCCAUGUAAACCAUUUGCCAUUGCCACACAGUCACACCUGACACCCCAGUGCUCCCACUACAAUCCUCCCUCCUUUAAAGCAGUUUGCUCCAUCUGUCGGUCUAAGAAUAAGUAGACCUCUACAGAACAGAAUGAGGUAUAAGCAAACAAUAUUUAUUGAAUAUAAUAUUUUCCAUAGAAUCUUAAGAUAAGUGAAUAUUAACAUAAAUAAGAAAUUGGAGAAAAUAUACAAUUUAGAAAAUAAUUAAAUGUAACACUGAGAUUUGGCUCUGCUGCCUGGUAAUUAGUCCAGUCCUCACAAUAUUAUACAAUUAGCUUUGUCUAUACAAUGUAAACAUAAGCCUAUAGGCUAUGGCUGCAGCUAUAUGUCUCAAAAUAGUAAAAUAAAACCUAUACAGCUGGGUGAUUAACUUUGGUUCUCUCUACAGCCUGGGCAUUUUCAGCAUCAGCAUAGACACCAGUCUGUCUGGACUGUCUGGAAGAAAUUGAGAAAGUAUGUCACAUAGUUAAGCAGUCAUUUACACAAGUGCACUCCUGACAUACACUCUUAAAAUGUUACUAAGUGUGUAAACAUUUGAAUGUUUGAAUUAAAAUCUUACCAUCAAAAUA